GAGGCAGCGCCGCUUCGGCAGAGGGCCCGAGCGCCGGAGGCCUCUGGGAUGGUGUGGGACCGGCAAACCAAGAUGGAGUAUGAGUGGAAACCUGACGAGCAAGGGCUUCAGCAAAUCCUGCAGCUGCUGAAGGAGUCCCAGUCCCCCGACACCACCAUCCAGAGAACCGUGCAACAAAAACUGGAACAACUCAAUCAAUAUCCAGACUUUAACAACUACCUGAUUUUUGUUCUUACAAAAUUAAAAUCUGAAGAUGAACCCACAAGAUCAUUGAGUGGUCUCAUUUUGAAGAAUAAUGUGAAAGCGCACUUUCAGAACUUCCCAAAUGGUGUAACAGACUUUAUUAAGAGUGAAUGUUUAAACAAUAUUGGUGACUCCUCUCCUCUGAUUAGAGCUACUGUAGGUAUUUUGAUCACAACUAUAGCCUCCAAGGGAGAAUUGCAGAAUUGGCCUGACCUCUUACCAAAACUCUGCAGCCUGUUGGAUUCUGAAGAUUACAACACUUGUGAGGGAGCAUUUGGCGCCCUUCAGAAAAUUUGUGAAGAUUCUGCUGAGAUUUUAGAUAGUGAUGUUUUAGAUCGUCCGCUCAACAUCAUGAUUCCCAAAUUUUUACAGUUCUUCAAGCACAGUAGUCCAAAAAUAAGGUCUCAUGCUGUUGCCUGUGUCAAUCAGUUUAUCAUCAGCAGAACUCAAGCUCUGAUGUUGCACAUUGACUCCUUUAUUGAGAAUCUGUUCGCCUUGGCCGGUGAUGAAGAACCAGAGGUACGGAAAAAUGUUUGCCGGGCGCUUGUGAUGCUGCUUGAAGUUCGGAUGGAUCGCCUGCUCCCUCACAUGCAUAAUAUAGUUGAGUACAUGCUACAGAGGACCCAAGAUCAGGAUGAAAAUGUGGCUUUAGAAGCCUGCGAAUUUUGGCUCACUUUGGCUGAGCAGCCAAUAUGCAAAGAUGUCCUCAUACGGCAUCUUCCCAAGUUGAUCCCUGUGUUAGUGAAUGGCAUGAAGUAUUCAGAUAUAGACAUUAUCCUACUUAAGGGUGAUGUUGAAGAAGAUGAAACAAUUCCUGAUAGUGAGCAAGAUAUAAGGCCACGGUUUCAUCGAUCAAGGACAGUGGCUCAGCAGCAUGAUGAAGAUGGGAUUGAAGAGGAGGACGACGACGACGAUGAAAUUGAUGACGAUGACACGAUUUCUGACUGGAAUCUAAGAAAAUGUUCUGCAGCCGCCCUAGAUGUUCUUGCAAAUGUAUAUCGUGAUGAACUUUUGCCACAUAUUUUGCCCCUUUUGAAAGAAUUACUUUUUCAUCAUGAAUGGGUUGUUAAAGAAUCAGGCAUCUUGGUUUUAGGAGCAAUUGCUGAAGGUUGCAUGCAAGGCAUGAUUCCAUACCUACCUGAGCUCAUUCCUCACCUUAUUCAGUGCCUCUCUGAUAAAAAGGCUCUUGUGCGUUCCAUAACGUGCUGGACUCUUAGCCGCUAUGCACACUGGGUAGUCAGCCAGCCCCCAGACACGUACCUGAAGCCAUUAAUGACAGAACUGCUAAAACGUAUCCUGGAUAGCAACAAGAGAGUACAAGAAGCUGCCUGCAGUGCCUUUGCUACCCUUGAAGAGGAGGCUUGUACAGAACUUGUUCCUUACCUUGCUUAUAUACUUGAUACCUUGGUCUUCGCAUUUAGUAAAUACCAGCAUAAGAACUUGCUCAUUCUUUAUGAUGCCAUAGGAACUUUAGCAGACUCAGUAGGACAUCACUUAAACAAACCUGAAUAUAUCCAGAUGCUAAUGCCUCCACUGAUCCAGAAAUGGAACAUGUUAAAGGAUGAAGAUAAAGACCUCUUCCCUUUACUUGAGUGCCUAUCUUCAGUUGCCACAGCUCUGCAGUCUGGCUUCCUUCCGUACUGUGAACCUGUGUAUCAGCGUUGUGUAAACCUAGUACAGAAGACUCUUGCACAAGCCAUGCUGAACAAUGCUCAACCGGAUCAAUAUGAGGCGCCAGAUAAAGAUUUUAUGAUAGUGGCCCUUGAUUUACUCAGUGGCCUGGCUGAAGGACUUGGAGGCAACAUUGAACAGCUGGUAGCACGAAGUAACAUUCUAACACUAAUGUAUCAGUGCAUGCAGGAUAAAAUGCCAGAGGUUCGACAGAGUUCCUUCGCCCUACUAGGUGACCUGACAAAAGCUUGCUUUCAGCAUGUUAAACCUUGUAUAGCUGAUUUCAUGCCAAUAUUGGGAACCAACCUUAAUCCAGAAUUCAUUUCAGUCUGCAAUAAUGCCACAUGGGCAAUUGGAGAGAUCUCCAUUCAAAUGGGUAUAGAGAUGCAGCCUUACAUUCCUAUGGUGUUGCACCAGCUUGUAGAAAUCAUUAACAGACCCAACACACCAAAGACGUUGUUAGAGAAUACAGCAAUAACAAUUGGUCGUCUUGGUUACGUUUGUCCUCAAGAGGUGGCCCCCAUGCUACAGCAGUUUAUAAGACCCUGGUGCACCUCUCUGAGAAACAUAAGGGACAAUGAGGAAAAGGAUUCAGCAUUUCGUGGGAUUUGUACCAUGAUCAGUGUGAAUCCCAGUGGAGUAAUCCAAGAUUUUAUAUUUUUUUGUGAUGCUGUCGCAUCAUGGAUUAAUCCAAAAGAUGAUCUGAGAGACAUGUUCUGUAAGAUCCUUCAUGGAUUUAAAAAUCAAGUUGGAGAUGAAAAUUGGAGGCGUUUCUCUGACCAGUUUCCGCUUCCCUUAAAAGAGCGUCUUGCAGCUUUUUAUGGUGUUUAAUCUCAUAUACUUAAGCUGCAGUCCCAAAAUUAGGGGUCCUUCAGUCUUGGAGACUAUGAGGGAGCCUCUGCACCCAGGGAAAAUGUUACCCUUUACAGGGGGGAAGGGUAAACCAGUAGGGAAUACAGUACAAUCCCAACCCUACUGGGAGGGGCGGGAGGGAGGUGUUGCCGUCACUGUAUUAAGUCGAUGUUGGGAAACGUUUUAACAUCUGGAGCCUUUGUGGGUGGAAAUCUGUCUCCAAUUACAACUCUGCACUGGAUGUGAAGAAGCAAAAAAAAACCUAUCUACUCACAAAACAGUACAUUCUGGAAUAUUAUGGGGAAUUGUACCAAAACAAGAACCAUAUAAACGCUGCGUAGGGAUAAGAAAGAAGAGAAAUUCUAUAGCGCACAAUAAAGGAAACCUAAGAGCGGGGAUUAGAGACAGUAAAGGGUUUUUUUUUCCUUUUCUUUUUUUUUUUUUUUAUUUAAAAGGUUUUAUAAAAUUUCCCACAUGAUGGGGCCUUGUUUUUUGCAUGCUGAUGAAGAACUACACAGAUGAAAGCUAAUCGAGUUAAAUCAGCUUGCCUACCCAUAGUAGAAGCAGGUUCUUGGAAGUUACAAUUUAAGGUACCCCGAAAAGUUGGAAAUAAAACAAAACAAAUUUAAACAAUGAA